GAAAAAAAUAAAUAAAGCAAAACAAUCGGGAAGUUGAUGGAGGAGAUUGUUCCUUUUGUGAACGCUUCAAUGGCAUAAAUUUCCGGCCAUCACUUUUCUACUUCCUCCCUCUCUCUCUCUCUCUUUCUCUCUCUCUGUCCCAAUAGUUCUCGAUACGAUUCAUCUUCUUCUUCGUCUUUGAUCAUCUCUCACAUUCCCGAUUUCGCUUAGGGUUUCCUGUUUUAACAUUUCUAGGGUUUUUCUUGUUCGUUUUGUACCCGAGAUGGCGAAUUGAAGCGAGAAAACGGAGGGAAUUUGUUUCUAUUUUUGGGGAUUUUUUUGCUCUUCUGUUUCCUCAGGUGUAGAUCUGAGGUUUGAAUUUCUUCGAGGGGAUUUUGUUUGUCCUUUGUGUGAUCGAUCACGAUAGCUCCAAUUCUGGUGAAGAAUCUGGAGAAGAAGAGAAGCGGGAGGAAAUGAGCGCUUCGAGGUUCAUCAAGUGCGUGACCGUUGGUGACGGAGCUGUCGGUAAAACCUGUUUGCUGAUUUCUUACACCAGCAACACUUUUCCUACGGAUUAUGUUCCGACUGUUUUCGAUAACUUCAGCGCAAAUGUGGUUGUUAACGGGAGCACUGUGAACCUAGGAUUGUGGGAUACCGCAGGGCAGGAGGAUUAUAACAGACUAAGACCCUUGAGUUACCGAGGUGCUGAUGUUUUCAUCUUGGCGUUCUCACUCAUCAGUAAAGCUAGUUAUGAGAAUGUGUCCAAGAAGUGGAUCCCAGAGCUGAAGCACUAUGCCCCUGGUGUCCCAAUAGUUCUCGUAGGAACCAAACUAGAUCUUCGGGAUGACAAACAGUUCUUCAUUGACCACCCUGGUGCUGUACCUAUUACCACUGCUCAGGGAGAGGAACUAAGGAAGCUAAUUGGAGCUCCUGCAUACAUCGAGUGCAGCUCAAAAUCACAGGAGAACGUGAAGGCGGUGUUUGAUGCAGCGAUCAGAGUGGUUCUUCAACCUCCGAAGCAGAAGAAAAAGAAGAGCAAAGCACAAAAGGCUUGCUCCAUAUUGUAAUCUCUCUACAUCUCCUAUCUCUCUCUUCCACUCUAGUGAAGCCUUGAGAAGAAGAAACACAUUCGGCUUAAAAAAUGUUUCAGAGUUCGUUGUGAUAAGCUCUCUCUUAAUCCUGAAAAAAAACACGAAUUACUUCUGUUUUACUUUUAAUUAGUUUUCAGCUUUAGCUGAGUCCUGCUAAUAUUGCACUACUUCUCUCUCC